AUGACACCCUGGAUCUACCAUGCCGUCGUCGUCGUGACACUCUCCAUAUACUCUUCCGGGACGCUGGCUCGUCCCGCCGCCUCAUCAGCUUCUAAAUCCCACCCUGUCACCGAUGACCUCGUCGGCUUCGACGAGAGCAAGAAUCGCCAGAGUGUUUCCUCCUCCUCUAGCGACAGCAUCGCCGGAGAAGUACUAGGCAUGACGAGCGUACUAUCCAGCAGCAGCAGCAGCGUGCCGACACUCGAGAUAUUCCGCCUGGAUAGAUCCCAGUUCGCAAACGACACGAGCGCCACGGCGGACCCCUUCCAGCCGGAUUCCGUCUCCUUCGUUUCGUCCAGCCUGUCCAGCCUGUCCGCCAAGGUCAGGCGCUUCAUCUUCGGCACGACAGACAACCGUCAGUACUGGGGCAUGGGCACCUACCCCUUCCACUCGGUGGGGAAGCUCCAGUGGGACGACGGCGUCUUCUGCUCCGGCGCCCUGGUCGGGCCCCGACACGUCCUCACCGCCCGCCACUGCCUCCCGGACUCGUCGUCCAUCAGCGGAACUUUUGCGCCCUCCUUUGACGACGGCGACAUUGACGGAAGCGCCAACGUCAUCGCCGGAAUGGCCUCCGAGGGGGACGUCCCGGGAACAUCCUGCGAGACAAAGGCUGACUGGGCCGUCCUCGCCCUCGACAAGAGCCUGGGCAGCAGCCUGGGCUACUUUGGCGUCAAAACCCCCGACCCUGGUCUGUUCGACAAGCCUAUCCUGUAUCACCAAGGCUAUCCCGGCGACUUGGAUAGCGGCACUCGUCCCUACCGCGUUCUCGACGUGAAAGUCCUGGGCGACACGUCUCUCGAUUGUGAUCCUACCGGACCGCUGUACACCGACACCGACACCGCUGGGGGACAGUCUGGUGGUCCCCUCUGGGAGUUCGCGUCUGACGGGGACCGUUGGAUAUGGGGCGCCUUGUCUAUCGGUGUGUCGUGGGGUGACGGUCAGGGCUAUGCCGGCUUUGCUUCCGGCGCAGAAAUGGUCGAUGCCGUCAACAAGUUUCGCAAGAAGUAUCCGUAG